CGAUACAGUUCAGUGGGCUCGACCAUAGACCGUAACGAAUAACUAGAAGGGCGUGUACUGUGAGGAAAUUGGUGACGCCUGCAGGUGGGAAUUUCACCUGGCCACAAAUAACAGUCGACGUCGAGUUCGCAGAUUAGAAGUGCUACUUUUACGUGAUGGAUAAACAGCAGAAUAACCAAAUCCUGAGAGAGGGCUUCCUAGUGAAGCGGGGUCAUGUAGUUACCAACUGGAAGGCUCGCUGGUUUGUGUUGUACCCGGACAAGCUGCUUUACUACAAAUAUGAGGGGAGCAAGAAAGACUCCUGUCAGCGCGGGAAGAUCCUUCUGGCAAAUUGCGUCAUCACCUGUCCCUAUUUGGAAUAUGACAACCGACCGCUGGUCAUCAAGCUGCAGACGCAGCACGGGGUCGAGCACUUCCUGGAGGCCUGUUCGCGGGAGGAGCGGGACGAGUGGGCCGCGGACAUCGCCGGCGCGGUGCAGAGACUCAAGGGGGAGAACAGUCAGAGUGCUCCGCCGGAACCCCGGCAGCUCCAGCUGCGCAACGUCAGCCUCAAUCAGGUGGUAGACUCCAUGUACAAUGUUCACAACGGAAUCAAGCUGACGGUCCACAUGGAGCAGGGAAGCUCCUUCACCAACUGCUUUUCAGGCUCCGCUGUGGUGGACUGGAUGGUGUCCAUGCAGUUGGCGAUGACGCGGAUGGAGGCCCUGACGCUGGCGUCGGCGCUGCUGGAGGAGGGCUUCGUGCGCCCCGUCGGCAUGAAGAGCGUGGAGGCCAUGCGGUGGGCGGGGCUCAGCGAGCAGUUCCUGGACGACUCCACGGCCCUCUACAGCUUCGCAGAGAAUUUUAAGAAGAGGGGGAGUGUGAGGGCAGAGACGACCCUGGCCGCGGCGGAGCUGAGGGGGACCGUGGUGAAGAGGGGCUACCUGCUCAAACAGGGACACAAGAGAAAGAACUGGAAGGUGCGACUGUUUGUGCUGCGCUCCGAGCCAGAUUACCUGCACUACUACGAUCCGACCAAGGAUGACAUCAGUCCCGCGGGCGGGUUCUCUCUGCGCGGCUGCCUGGUGUCGGGGCUGAACGACAACGGCGUUCCCUCAGGGGUGAAGGGCAAAGUGCAGGGGAACCUGUUCAAGAUCAUCACCCAGGAGGAUAAACACUACUUCAUCCAGGCUCCCUCUCACCAGGAGAAGAUUGACUGGAUUGAGGCCAUCAAACAGUGCACAUAAGACAAGGCCUAAGGUGCAACACCGGCAAGAGGCUUUCGAGGGUGUGUGGAUGGUGGGGGGGGGGUCCUACUAUUGGACAAACCCAAAGGGGAGAGAUUAGGGUUGUCCUGGCAACAGAUAAAUUCAGUGUCCAGCUCUCAUUUUAGCCCAGAACAAUUAAUGUCCCGCCAACAUUACAAGUGUAUCUUCAAAGCUUCAGUGCUGCCCUAACAUGGCUAGUGAGCGGGUGUGAUUCUCUUCCAGGAGCAGGGCUGCCCAAACCCUGUUCCCUGAGAUCCAUCCUCCUGUAGGUUUUUAUUUCAACCCUAAUUCCGCACACCUGAUUCUACUAAUUAGCAGCUCAGCAAGAUCUCUAGCUGUUGAAUGAGGUGUGCUUUGUUAUGGUUGGAGUGAAAAUCUACAGGACGGUAGAUCUAGAUCUGUUCUAGAAGCAUCUGUGUACCUUUUUGUGUAUACUCGUAGCCUGUUGCUAUCUUAUUUUUGAACUUCCUGUCACACUGGUCAGACUGAGAUCUUUAGGUCCUGAGUUAUCGUUAAGGCUGCAGUGUACAUUCUGUGAAUGUGACUGAUUCCGAACUGCUGUGAUUAGACGGUCCUAUGAAAUAUUUAAUGUGAGGUAUGUCUCCGGUUCCUUGCUCCAAAAAAAAAAAAAAGUCAAGAAUUCCAAUUUUGUGUGUGUGUGUCUGUAAAACGUGCUCCUAAAUGUUUGUAAAAAAAAAAAAAAAAAAAAAUUUUCCUCUGAAGUUCAGUUCAUUUCAGCGCAAUAUUUGAAGAGACAGAAGGGAAACUGUUCAAGUGCAGACAGGCAUCACUGUAGGACUCGGUGGUGAAGCUAGACAAGGACCAGUCCAGACGUGCUCCUCUGCAGUUAGGGCCCAUUUUAAAGGGGAUCCACGUGAACGCAGGUCGGGUGAUCCGCCUCACCACCAUGACAUCAACACCAUCUGGUGAGUGAGAGAUUACUCAAUCUCUGAUCUUUCUCCUGGUCCUAAAGCCACAAGCAAGGGGUCGUUCAUCAGGGAAACCCUUGUCCUAGUCCGUAAACACAAAACCAUCCUGGCCAAUAUCGCAAGUGAAACAUUGCAGAAUCUGUAACUUGGAAAAAAACAAAUCCUCCAAACAUUUAUACAGUUUACUACUUUCACUUUUCUUGGUUACUUACAACAACAAAACUUUUGUUACUGUAUUUUCUUUUUAAAAAGCACCUUAUAUAUAUAUGAUGUUUUUGAAACAUUGCUUUGUUUUAUAUUGAUGUGUUCUGCCAGUGUGUUUUAAAUAAAAGUGCGUUUAAAAGAU